GCCCCACCCCGGGCCUGGCCUGUGGCUUAACAGUUGCUCCAUGUUUCCUGUCCGCUGCCAGCCGGAGCCAUUCGGGGAGGCCGGGGCUGCAGGACUCAGCGUGUGCCCCGUAUCCCUCCAGCCUGAAGUCAUCCUGCAUGGGCCCCCUUCCACCAACAGCAUGAGCAGCCCUGAGUCACCUGCAGAGACCCCCGAGUCACCUGCAGAGACCCCCGAGUCACCUGCAGAGACCCCUGAGCCCGGCAGCCUGGCCCCACCAGCUCAGCCUGCAUACUGCAACCUCGGGGAGGUCCGUGCCUACCUGCUGCCCUUCAAGACCUGCCGGUCCCGCACCCCUGGGUCUCUCUCCUCCUCCAACCCCCAGCCCCCGCCCCUGCCCAAGAAGAACCUGAGCAGGACGCGGUCUCUGCCCACUCGCGGGGUCCCCGGCGCCCAGACAUCACAGACCCGGAAGCCGCUCCUCGGGUGGCACAGGAUGGACGAAAGCCAGGCCGGGCCGGGGUCCGCGGGGCCUGCUGGGCCCUCUGAAGAGCUGACCUCAGGCGAAGACACUGCUGCAGCGCUGGGCCUCCUGCUCCACGGGUGGCACAGCCCCGAGGCCUUGCACAACGCGCUAGCCGCCCGCGAGCUGCAGGGGCUCCGUGCCGUCCACACGCGGCUCGGUGCACGGCUCACAGGCGGCCACCCUGGACCCUGCAGCGCCGGCCAUGGCUUCCGCCUGCUGGAGCGCGCGCCCUGCGCCGAGAGCGGAAACACACUCUACUACCGCGUGGUGCGCGCAGGCGACGACACAUGGCACGUGCUGGCGGCCAAGGUGCCCAAGCCCGGAGCCAAGAUGCCCCAGCUGUGGGGCCUGGAACUCCAGGCCUCCCUGCCUCAGCACUAUAAUGUGCAGGGACUGUGUGGCCUGUUGCCUGAGGGCGCACUCCCUGGGGCACCCUGGACAGGGCGGGUGGUGCUGGCCGCCGAGGUGCCUGAGCGCACGGUGGCCCAGUGGCUGGCAGAGUUGGGUGCGCGGCGGCCGGAGAAGCUUGCGUGGGCCGUGGCUUUCACAUUGCUGCAGCUGAGUGCAGCCCUGGAGCUCCUGGAGACGCGGGGCGCCGCGGUGACUGAGCUGUGCCCCGAAAACCUGCUGUUGGUGGCGCCCCGGGGCUGCGCGGCCUCUGGUCCCCCGCGCCUGCUGCUCGCCGACUUCGGACGCGUCCACCAGCGACCCCCGGGCCCCCCAGGCCCCCAUGCUACGCAGCUGGGCCGCCUCCUCCGCACCCUGCUGGGCCCCGCUGGGGUCCCGGCUUCGCCCCUGGCCGCAGGCCUGCAGCGCCUGGCGGCCCAGCUCCCGCGCGAGCGGCCCUCGGCGGCCCAGACGCGGGGCGCGCUGCAGGUGCUGCUCUGGGGACCCGGACUCGAGCUGCGCGGCCGCGGGGCUGCGCUGGGACCCUGGCUGCGCGUCAGCCGCGCUCUGCUGCUCGUGCACCUGGCAGAGCGCGCUGCGGGCGGGGAGGCGCCGGGCCUGGAGGAGUGGCUGUACUGCGAGUACCUGGCCGGGGCCACAGAGGCCUCCCUGGGCCACGCCCUGGAGCUGCUGGGGACCGACCCCAAGUGACAGUGACACCCCUGGCCCGGGUCUGACUGCUUUGCCAGGCCUGGGGCUGGAGUCUCCGUGACGCAGUGAACACCUGCUUCCAGCAAAGCCAGGGGUCCAGCAGACAAUACUGGGGUGUGAUACAGCCCUACGUGACCGGGACCCAGGGUCUCCCCAAGAGCGCUACUGCCCCUCUGGGUGCUGGACCAGUCACUUUCUAGGUGAACACUGGCCUUCCAAUAACAGCAUCCCCUGGCAUUAAGGGGGGCAAGUGCGUGCAAACGAUGACCACCAGUCUCUUGCCAACUAUGGUCUGAUGAGUAGGACAUGGGAGCACACAACUGUCAUCCUAGCUCUCUGGGAGGCUGAUGCAAGAGGAUCUCAAAUUCA